CCACCCAUUUCUCAAACGGUACAGUCCCGUUAUAAUCGGGAAGAGCCAGGACCUGUACAGUCCCGUUAUACUCGGUCAGAGCUAGGAGCGUUACAGUCCCGUUAUACUCGGGUAGAGCGAGGCGCUCCGAAUAGCGGUUUGAGGAAUGAGGCGGAAAAGGCGAGGAGAACAUGUACACAGGACUUCUCUAAACGAAAAUGCUUUGAUAUGGAAGAUGUGUUUGUUGCUGAGAUGGUGGAUUCCUGUACUAUUCCUGACAGAUCUCCCAUCAAGCUCAGCCAUCCAGGUCUCCUCUCGUGAAGACAAGAAGUAUGCCACGCUGUUCCAGUCGGUGGUCCUGCCGUGUCAAUACUCCAGCAUGUCCACCCAGACGCCUGUGGUCCAAUGGUGGUACAAGUCUUACUGCCGCGACCGCACCCGCGACGCCUUCAGCUUCCCGGAGGGCCUGGGGGUACGGGGCUCCUCGUCCCAUCUAGACUGCUCCGAUUCUAGCCGCACCGUCCGCGUGGUGGCCUCCGUCACCGGAUCCUCCAUCACCCUGGCCGAGCACUACAAGGGCAGAGAUAUUACUAUCAUCAACAAGGCUGACCUGCGUAUCGGGGAGCUCCAGUGGGGAGACAGUGGGGUUUACCUGUGUAAGGUGAUCAUCUCUGACGACCUCGAGGGCAGGAAUGAGGCCCCUGUGGAGCUUCUGGUGUUGGGUAAGACAGGUACAGGUGUGUCAGAUGAUCUCCUGCCUGACUUUGAUGUGAAGAUUAUGCCAGAAUGGGCCUUUGUGGGCUCGGUAGCCCUGGGUAUUAUCCUGUUCAUUUUGCUGUUUGGUGUGUGUUGGUGCCAGUGCUGUCCUCACUCCUGCUGCUGUUAUGUGUCCUGUUGGUGCUGCCCUGAGACCUGCUGCUGCCCACGACACUUGUACGAGGCAGGAAAGGGGUUGAGGAGCAGGGCUUCGUCCCCCCAGAUCGCUGUCUAUCCACCCUACUACGUACCUGGGGUCCCGGCCAUGGUCCCCAUCGCUCCCCCCUCCCUGGUGGACACCACGAUGAUGUCCGCUCCCCCCUCUGUGUCAGAGAGCAGUGCAGCUGGAGUGCGGCCUGUGUACCGGCUGCAGUCUACUCUGGAUCAGUCCUCUCUGGAUCAGGACUCUCUGAAGGUGUUGCAGCACGUAGAGAAACAGCUGGCUCUUUUCCACCCGGCCAAGGCCCAGAGCCACGACUCCUGCAGUAUCUCAGAGCUCAGUUCUCUCCAUGAGGUGGAUACAGGGGGUUUCCGUCAGUCUUACCGCCAGAUACAGAAGAAGGCCCUGCCAGCCAUCCCUGACCACGACCGUGACCUUGAAGACAUCCCUGACCUCCAUCAUCCCUCGUCCUCCUCUCAGACCCGUCGCCCCACACGCUACCAGCACCGCCGCAACCGCAGCAUUGAGGAGGACCAUCAUCAUGAUAAUAACAGCAGGUGGAACCCUCGUUCGGAGCACCUGCAGCGUAAGGCCUUCCUCCUGGGUGGGAAGUCAGGCUCUCUGGAUGAGCUGGAGGAGUUUUCCCAGUGCUACAGACAGAGAGGCCCCAGGGAGGAGCUCACCGUCAGGGACAUCAGAGACACCGACCAGGAGUACGAGAGACUGGAGCUGCGGGAACGAGAAGGUGACCGGGAUAGGGAUCGAGAUCGGGAAUACUGUCCGCCUUCUUACCGGGACAAGACGACGAAACGUGGUUACCGUGACAACAGAGAUUGCGAUGACCGUGCAGAGACUUGGCGAGAACGAGAUCGCCAAGAGGAUUGCCAUGGAGAUCGUCAGGGAAACCGACAACGCAGUCCGCCACCCUCGCCCAAGAAGAGACGGGGCACGUGGGACAACGAGCUGGAGCAGCGCCCCCCUAAACCCCCCGCCCCUCCUCCCCCUCCUCGCCAGAGCCCCCGGGGGCGGGACUACGAUGACGAACUCCUGAGCACUCUUUUGGAGCGCAAGACCAGACGGGGUGGGGCCAGUGACAGUGGAGGUGAUAGGGGCAGGGGAGGGGGGCGCAGCGAAGAGGACACGCCCUCAGACACACCCUCUAAGGGUUCUAAGGGCUCUAAGAAGAGCAGCGGCAGUGGCGGUGAGCGUCACCAUGGCCGUUGUCCUAGCAACAGGGAGGUGGAGUUGGUAUUAGACUCACGGGGAGAAGACUCUCUACCCCCGUACUGCCAGACUGCGUUAGAGCGGUUCAGAGCCGCUGAGCGCCCCUCCCCCUCCCCUCGCCCCUCCACCCAUUCUUCCCGCCCCUCCAACGGAGGCUCCACCCAUAGCCACGCCCAUACCCUACAGCAGGAGAGCGGAGAGGAGCGGGAUAAGCCCCGGAAAGUGGUAUGGAGGCUCACCUUAACAGAUAUACUGUGACUCAGGUGAGAAAGGAAUCUGUUUUAGAAGUCAUUGCACCUGUGCCUCUUUAGCCAGAGAGAUAAGCAGAAUCAGACCAUAAUAAGAAAAGCUGGAAAACUAUCGUCAAGAUCUGAACCUGAACCACUUUGCUUACCUUUUAUAGCGUUCCUUUCUGCUAUUUUUUUGGGGGGGGUUUCUUAUUCCCUGGGUUUGUUUUUCUAAUCUAAUGGUUUACAACUGUGUUUAUAUGGACUUUUAUGGAUCUAACUCCAUUUGUCUGCAAUCAGUUACAAUUAAAAGGCACAGGUGAUUAGAUAUCACAUUUGUUCAACUUAACAUAUUGACUAGCACUACUACUACUACAACUACUACUACUACCACCACUACUACUACUACUACUACUACUACCACUACUACUACUUGGCUAAUGCCAGCGUUGUGUUCAGCCUUCUAACAGUUUUUUUUUUUUUACCUCAGUUGAAAUGGCAGAGCCAGGUCAAAUCUCUUUGUAACCUUUGUGCCCCCAAUGUGACCCCAGAACCUGACGUCACUUAUCCUUCUUAUUCUGCCUGCUUGCUUCUCCUCUCCCAACUAACUGACAGAGCUGGGCUUGCUGCUCCUCUCCCAACUAACUGACAGAGCUGGGCUUGCUGCUCCUCUCCCAACUAACUGACAGAGCUUGGCUUACUGCCCCUCUCCCAACUAACUGACAGAGCUGGGCUUGCUUCUCCUCUCCCAACUAACUGACAGAGCUUGGCUUGCUGCUCCUCUCCCAACUAACUGACAGAGCUUGGCUUGCUGCCCCUCUCCCAACUAACUGACAGAGCUUGGCUUGCUGCUCCUCUCCCAACUAACUGACAGAGCUUGGCUUGCUGCCCCUCUCCCAACUAACUGACAGAGCUUGGCUUGCUGCUCCUCUCCCAACUAACUGACAGAGCUUGGCUUGCUGCUCCUCUCCCAACUAACUGACAGAGCUGGGCUUGCUGCUACUCUCCCAACUAACUGACAGAGCUGGGCUUGCUGCCCCUCUCCCAACUAACUGACAGAGCUUGGCUUGCUGCUCCUCUCCCAACUAACUGACAGAGCUGGGCUUGCUGCUCCUCUCCCAACUAACUGACAGAGCUGGGCUUGCUUCUCCUCUCCCAACUAACUGACAGCGCUUGGCUUGCUGCUCCUCUCCCAACUAACUGACAGAGCUUGGCUUGCUACUCCUCUCCCAACUAACUGACAGAGCUUGGCUGAGACGAGCGGGGUAUUUUCACCAUUACACUGGGCCAAAUGAGCACAAAGCACAGCUUCCAUCACUCUGCACACACGUGACUAACGUGAAGCUCUCUUGCUGUUUUCUUUUAACAGAGCACUCUUCUUAGCAGAGACUCUCUCAUAGUUUGAUGCCUGGAGAGGACACAUACAGACUCUGGGAAAGACACUGGGGAUAAUCCUCUACCCCCCCCCAUCACCCCACACAGGGGAUCAUCCUCUACCCCCCCAUCACCCCACACUGGGGAUAAUCCUCUACCCCCCCCCAUCACCCCACACAGGGGAUCAUCCUCUACCCCCCCAUCACCCCACACAGGGGAUCAUCCUCUACUCCCCCAUCACCCCACACUGGGGAGGAGAGAGGUUCUCAGAGCACACUAGGCAAGCAGAGAACCCCAUGGAGAGGUCAGUGACCAGCAGAGGGAAUGGCUACCUCUGAGUGACAGGCAGUACAACCACUGGACUGACCAUGGCACAGGACGUGGGAGGGUCUGAUCAGACUUUAGAUACACAUCAAUCACCAUGACCUAAGAAGAAGAGUACUGUUCAGAGCUGUGACAAAGACCUCUGGAUGCACAGGACAAAUAGCACUGUGUGUGUGUGUGAGACGAAGUAUGGUGCUUAUUCCUGUCUGCUCUUUUGUGUGUGAGAGUGAAUAGUUUCUCCAUCUCCCUCUCCAUUCUAUUCUCCUCUCUCACUAACAACACACACUGAAUGACGAUGUCAUUCCGGAGUUUCUGUCACUGCCACCUCUACACAGUGCAACGCUCUCUCUGUGAAGUCGCUGAAUGAUGAUGUCACUCUGGAGUUUCUGCCACAGCCUGCACCACCACUGCCCAGUCACGGUCGAAGGCCGCCGUUGAGACAACGUUUGGAUUCUGUUGUGUGAAUGGUCUGGAUCCCCCAUACCAUUGUGUUUUUCAGUGUAAAGCACCUGUUGGCCUUGCUUGGCCUUGACUCUGUGGAUAGAGGACACAGUGUUUCUUAAUCAUUGUGUUUAAUGUAAUGAUACAAUGUGGGUUAUACCCAGUAAGUUUGGACUAGAGGGUACUACUAACAGAGCCGGGGAGAGAAACUGGAACUUUAGGGACGGCAGGUAGCCUAGCGGUUAAGAGCGAAAGGUUGGUGGUUCAAAUCCUCGAGCCGCCUAGGGUGAAAAGAAAUGUGUUGAUGUGCCCUUGAGCAAGGCACUUAACCCUAAUCGCUCCUGUAAGUUGCUCUGGAUAAGAGCGUCUGCUAGAUGACGUAAAUGUACUGGGUUGUGAUUAUGUGCCAUCUAUCCUUCGAAGACUGUAUUUGGUUUAUAAUAGUUUUAUACAUAGUUUAUCAACUCUGCCUGUCUCUGUGUUAAAUCAUGUUGUGAUUACAAUGCAGUAAAUGAUUGUGCAAGUGUAACUGAAAGCACUUGUGGGUAUGUCUGUGUGUGUUUAAGAUAAGAUAACCAAGGUGUGUUUAGUUUUCUUAUCAUUGUUGUGUAAACUGCUAAACACACAACUUUAUCUCCACUCAUUAGCACUUACACACACACACACACACACACACACACACAUUUACUGACCUUCAUGCAAAUAUACUGGCUGUCAACUUACCACAGCUCUUUCUCGCGCCUUGUAGAAGGAUUCGUUACAAUUGUUCAUGUUUAGUGUCGUUUUUUUCCACUUCUUUCAGUGUAGUUAUUGCUCAUAGCUUUUGUGCUUUUCUAUGUUAUUUUCUUUCUAUGCUUGUUCUACGUCAUCGUGUUCCUGUGUUCCAUUUAUCUGUCUGUCAAUGAGACGGUUGUUUCACAGCCCAGCUCCCUGUCUGUCAAUGAGACGGUUGUUUCACUGAGUUGAAGUCAUAGGCGACAGGCAACAAUGGCUUUGUCUAUUUAUGAUCAUCACCAACUGACUGUUACUCUAAGAGAUCUGGUAAUCACACACACACACACACACACACACACACACACACACAGUAUCUUGGAAAGUGCAUGUUGGUGAACACUAAACGGCGGCAGGGUAGCCUAGCGGUUAGAGUGUUGGACUAGUAACCGAAAGGUUGCAAGUUCAAAUCCCCGAGCUGACAAGGUACAAAUCUGUCGUUCUGCCCCUGAACAGGCAGUUAACCCACUGUUCCUAGGCCGUCAUUGAAAAUAAGAAUGUGUUCUUAACUGACUUGCCUGGUUAAAUAAAGGUAAAAUAAAUAAACACUGAAGUUGUAUUUCUCCUUUAGGUCACCUUGUUAUAGUAACUUAUACCAUAACUGGGGCUUUUUGCAAUAACACUUACCGUCCGUUACAAACUAAUGCCUAAUUAACUAUUAUUUAUUAUUUACCUCCAGAGACGCAGUUUAACCACAGCCUUUACCUCAAAUACUGUUGACCAGGCAGCUUCAAUCUCAUUCAAUAAAGUCUACUUAAUCUACA